AUGUCUACUCUUUUCACUCUCCCCAUCGCGCAGUGCGGCGCUCAUCCAGGCGGUACCCUCACCUGCACUGAACCCUCACCAAGAGUCUACCUCCUCACCCUCGUAUCACCUCCCGACAACCGUCUCACAACGCCUGUCCUCAACGCCUUUCUCAACGCGCUGGACAUCAUCGAGUUUGGAUAUCCUCACGGUGUUGUAGCAACAACGUCUGGGAUUCAAAAGUUCUACAGCAAUGGCCUUGAUCUUGAACAUGCUGUUGCUACCGAGGGUUUCUGGCAUUUGCUGUACAAUGUCUGGAACCGCUUCUUGACUUACCCCAUGCCUACAGUGGCUCUCAUGAACGGCCACGCCUUUGCAGGCGGUCUCAUGCUUGCUACAGCUCAAGAUUACCGUCUUGCUCCCUCUCCACGCGGCUUCCUCUGUCUUAACGAGCUUAUAUUUGGUGCGCCUCUCAAGCCUGCCAUGUCAGCUCUGUUCCGCGUCAAGUACUCCCACGCGACCUACCGCAGCCUUGUUCUUGAAGCUAAGCGCUUCUCAGGCGAGGACGCUGUAGCAGCCGGUAUCGCCGACGAUAUCGCGCCGAAAGGUGUCGAAGACCUUCUCCGCUUCAUCAAAGAGAAGGAGCUCAUCGACAAGAGCAAGUCGGGCGUGUACGGCGUGCUCAAGAUGGAGAUGUAUGCGGGUCUGGUCGAGUUCAUGAAGGGCCCGUCUAUGGAAGCGCAUGAGCAGAGGUUUGACGAUGCGCAGGCGAUGGAGGGAGAGAGGAAGGAGUUUGGAAAAGUUUGGUACGAGCAGUGGUUGAAGGAUGUCAAAGCAAAGCUGUAG